AAGAGCGGCAGCUGGCUUUUUUCCCCCUCUGCAAUUUUUCCUAGUGCUGGCCGUCUCGCCGUCUGUCUGCCUCUCCCUGAUGACGUGCGGCUUGCGGUGCAUCCUGACUUCUGCUGCUCCCAGGCGCCUCUUAACCCCCCACCACCUCCGCCCCCAAGUCGCCUUUGUCCCAGCAGCCAGCACUCUCGUCCUCACGCAGAUUCCAGCAUCGACUCGCAGAUACACAAUGACAAGACUCUCUCCGUACGCAAAGAAGCACAAGGUGACCGUCAUCGGGUCGGGGAACUGGGGCUCCUCGAUCUCGAAGAUGGUCGCCGAAAACACGGCUGCGAACCCAGAUCUGUUCGAGAAGGAGGUGAAUAUGUGGGUGUACGAGGAGAAGAUCGAGAUCCCCAAGUCGUCGAGGCACUACAGCGAGUCCUCGCCCCUGUGCAAGGGCGAGCAGAACCUGACGGAGGUCAUCAAUCAACUGCACGAGAACAUCAAGUACCUGCCAGACAUCACUCUGCCCGACAAUCUGCGCGCCAACCCGUCCCUGGUCGACUCGGUCAAGGAUUCCUCCAUACUGGUCUUCAAUCUGCCCCAUCAGUUUAUCAACGGAGUCUGCAAGAGCCUCAAGGGCCAUAUCCUUCCCUACGCCCGUGGAAUAUCCUGCAUAAAGGGAGUGCAUGUCGACGAGGAGGGCGUCAGCCUGUUCUCGGAGAGCAUUGGCAAGCAGCUGGGCAUCUACUGCGGCGCCUUGUCGGGAGCCAAUAUCGCCUCCGAGGUUGCAAAGGAGCUUUACUCGGAGACCACGGUUGCCUAUGACCCUCCUCACAUGGACUCCAAGGCACCCACGCCGCUGAACGGGUCGCCAUCUUCUUCUGCCGUCGACCUGGCCGAGUUCAAGCACAAGGACAGCUCGGGGAAGCUUUCCAAAGUCAACCUACGCCCCUUGCCUUCUGAGUUCCCACCGGUAGAUCACUCUCUGUUGAAGACUCUCUUCCACCGGCCUUACUUCCAUGUCCGAGUCGUCCAUGAUGUUGCCGGUGUCUCCCUCGGCGGUGCAUUAAAGAACAUUGUCGCUCUCGCUGCUGGAUACGUCGACGGUCUCGGCUGGGGAGACAAUGCCAAAGCAGCUGUCAUGAGAGUCGGUUUGCUGGAGAUGGUGAAGUUCGGCACCACCUUCUUCAAGCACUCUGUUAACGCCGAGACCUUCACGGUUGAAUCAGCCGGUGUUGCCGACCUGAUCACCUCCUGCAGCGGAGGCCGUAACUUCAGAUGUGCUAAGUACAGUGUCGAACGCAAGCUGCCUAUUGAGGAGGUAGAGAAGCAGGAGUUGAACGGACAGAAGCUGCAGGGCACUUUGACCGCUGUGGAAGUCAACAACUUCCUCAAGAAACAGGGACUCGAGGAUGAAUAUCCUCUGUUCACUGCUGUCUACCGUAUGAUUCUUCAAACCCAAUCCCCUGCUAACCGAUAUUUUUCUUUGCUAACUCAUGAACAGAUAUCCUAAAGGGAGAGGCCAAAGUUGAAGACAUCCCUGGUCUCAUCGAACCGAAAUAGACGCCUUUGCCAUUCCAUUUAACACCCACUACUACCUAUUUAACUCGCGCCAGAAGAUGAAAAAGAUUAAGAGUAUAUCUUCCACCGAGGAGGCAGGGAAGAGCAAUCCCUAUCUACUUACCCUAUCUUACAUCUCGAUUCUGCAUACUACUAACCGGUGGUCAACGGAGCUUGGGGGGAUAAACUAGUCGAUAUAUCCAUUAAUUACUUACGAUCCUGUGAACGAAAUGAGAUCCAAAUAAAAAAACAACCAAGUAGUUAAAUAACAGCUAAUAUAGACAUCUAAUAAACGUCUACGGCCUACCUAAUAUAUUUAUAUG